AUGUGGGUCCUUGGGAAGCUCAGAGAGAACAUGGAGAGCAUUCCUCUGGAACUGAAUCGUUACAUUGGAAAAAACAAUGAAAAUGCUUUUUUCUCCACAAAGGCCAGCCUCUCACAGAAAAUUCACACGAACAUCAUUACUCCAGACAACAUUCCUGAGUUCUGCCUACCUCCACGGCUUUUCAAGAGACAGCCGAUGCUAGAAACUGAGAUGCCCCAACUUCAGCAGGACAGCCAUCAGCAGACACAAAAGAGCAGGCCGUCUUUCCAAGCUAAAAUGAAGGAUAUGAAGGAAAAGAGUGAAGAUCCUUUAGUGCCUCAGAAGGCUCCAAGGAAACCUUUGCCAUUCUCUGCAGAGUGUUACGGUCUGGCUGGGAUUUAUGAGAGUCCCAACACUAGAAGGAAAGAGUCUUUGUUCCAUUCAAAACGGCCUGUAUAUGUGUUCGAAAGGCGCAUCUCUGCCACAAAACCCAGUCAAGUAAAGGAGACAGCCCCAUUGAAAAAAACUUUUUCGGGGUUUUUCCCACUCUUUGUAUCCAAAAGCUUCUCAGAAGCAGCAAGCGUGGAAGCUGAAACGCCUUCCAGUGCCAAAUCACUCAGAAGCGUCCCAUCCAGAAGCCGGUGUCUUAAAGAAACCGUAUCCUGCCCUUCGCUGAUUGAUAGCAUGGAGAAAAGCAAGAAACCAAAGAAAUUAGGUUUAAGUUUACCAACUUCUUCCUGCAGACAGCUAACCAGUGCUAAAAAUCCACCCACCCUGUCCCCACCUGUUCUCCAUCAAGUGGACCUGCUCCACUGCCAGGAGAGACUUCAGCAUGAACACAUCCUUCCUUUGCAGGGCCAUGGUCGAGUUCGCCUCUCCACUGAGCACAGCACAUUCUCCAAUGGUGCUUCCUCAAUCUUUUUCACUGUCAGAGUGUGUGUGGUGUCUGUGGAGGGCUUGCUGGAUGGAAGUGAACGACAAACUCUGAACUGUGCUGUGAGUUUGUGCCUGAUGCCGGGGAAGCUGCAGCGCCAGGAGAGCGCCACCAUCAGGAACUGCCGUCGACCCGUGUUCAAUGAAGAUUUCUACUUCACAGAGCUGAGCCACAAGGAUCUGAUGGAGCUGCAGCUCCAGGUAAAAGUGGUGGAUAAAACUGCAGCGGGAGCUCUGAGGCGGGGAACAGUGAUCGGGAUGAUCUGUAAACCUCUAUCCAAGCUGGUGUCCUCUGAGGAUCGGGUGUAAGAGUGGAUCUGAAACUUAUAAGUUUAGUAAAAACAAUAUUUUUUUCUAUGAUCACACUGUGAUUGCACUUUGUCACCAUUAUUCACUUUUAGCCACUCUUAGUUGUAUUAGCAUCUCAGGUAGACGGUAUCGAAGUGAAUGUAGGAAUGGGGACAGUAACCUAAAAAAGGAAGCUACUUGGACAAUAAUUAAAUAGAGGAUUUUUUAUAAACAAACUGAUGUAAGCACAAUGUGACACAGUUGUAUUUUAGGUGAAAACAACAAAAAUGUUAACUCACUGAACUUGUUUUGCUAUCUUGGUGAUGUUAUGUUGUUUUUUUCCUAAUUUCUUUAGUAAAUGUGUAAACGUGAGUAAUUCAACAUUAUAUAACACAUUCGAUGUAGUACAGUCGUCAAAUGGUUCUUCAGAGCAUCACUACUCUUCUCAAGUAUAAACUUACUUAUUAUCACUGCUGACAGGAUUUGGCAUGAGUUUUUUUGUUUUGCUAUUUAAUCUGUCAAAACAGACAGUAAAACAGAACAACUACCAGACACUGACAGUUGAAGCUGUGUUGGAGAAAGAAGCUCAAUAGGUGAAUCACUGCAAAAUCACAAUAAAUCCAGCUGGCCUUUAUAUAACUUUGGUCAUAAGAAGGUUAACUUGAUUAAUAGAGUCUUUUAUUCCAUCAGCAAUGUUAAAUAGAUGUUCUUUGUUUCUGCAUUUUUUAAUUAAAAUACAAACAAAAUGUUCAUUGCUGAAUCUGUAGAAGUGAAAUC